GAUUCAUUAGGGUGGAAGCCAGUGUUAGAUUAGUUUGGAGUACUUUAAUCGCAGGCAGCAGCCGGAGGUAGGAGGCAGACUGGCAGAGACAGAGAGGAGGGGGGAGGAAGGCAGCAGUAUAAAACCAUGGCCGCGUCGUUGGCAGCGAUCCUGCGACUCGGCCGACGCUUUUCCCCCCUCUGACUUCUCCUCCUUCCCCAAUUCUCCUCCUCGGCGCCAGCCAUUGACGGGGCUCGGCUCGGGAGGAUCCGAGGAUUCAGGCGCGUCGUCGAGUCUUGCAGCACCGCCGGCCGGCUGCCUUCGCGUCGUCAAGGUACGGUUGAGUUAGGAGCACUGCGACCAUGAAGGCCCUCAUUCUCGUCGGAGGCUUCGGCACUCGCCUGCGGCCGCUGACGCUCAGCGUGCCCAAGCCACUCGUCGAUUUCGCCAACAAACCCAUGAUCUUGCAUCAGAUUGAGGCUCUGAAAGAUGUGGGAGUUACAGAAGUUAUCCUGGCCAUCAAUUACCAACCUGAGGUCAUGCUCAACUUUCUCAAGGACUUCGAGAGCAAGCUUGGCAUCAAGAUCACCUGCUCCCAGGAGACAGAGCCAAUGGGCACCGCUGGACCUCUGGCCCUGGCCCGGGACAAGCUCGACGAUGGGUCCGGUGAGCCUUUCUUUGUCCUCAACAGCGACGUGAUCAGUGAGUACCCGUUCGCAGAGCUCAUCGAGUUCCACAAGUCCCAUGGGGGUGAGGCCACCAUCAUGGUCACUAAGGUGGACGAGCCCUCCAAGUACGGUGUGGUGGUCACGGAGGAGGGAACCGGUAAGGUGGAGCGGUUCGUGGAGAAGCCCAAGGUGUUUGUUGGCAACAAGAUCAACGCCGGCAUCUACCUACUGAGCCCGUCUGUCCUGAACCGCAUCGAGCUGAAGCCGACCUCCAUCGAGAAGGAGGUGUUCCCACACAUCGCGGCCGACAAGGCGCUGUACGCCAUGGUGCUGCCUGGGUUCUGGAUGGACAUCGGGCAGCCGAGGGACUACAUCACAGGGCUAAGGCUGUACCUGGACUCCCUGAGGAAGAAGGCGCCAGCGAAGCUCGCCUCCGGCACGCACAUCCUGGGCAACGUGCUGGUCCACGAGACGGCCACGAUCGGCGAGGGCUGCCUGAUCGGGCCAGACGUGGCCAUCGGCCCCGGCUGCGUGGUGGAGUCUGGGGUGAGGCUGUCCAGGUGCACGGUGAUGAGGGGCGCCCGUGUGAAGAAGCACGCCUGCAUCUCCGGCAGCAUAGUUGGGUGGCACUCCACCGUCGGCAAGUGGGCACGCGUGGAGAACAUGACCAUCCUCGGCGAGGACGUGCACGUCUGCGACGAGGUCUACAGCAACGGAGGCGUCGUUCUCCCGCACAAGGAGAUCAAGACCAGCAUACUCAAGCCCGAGAUCGUCAUGUGAUGUGACGAGCAAGCUGCUGGACCCAUACUACAUGGUGAUCAUGCCAAAGUUCAUGGAAACAGGGGUCAUGUAUUUCUUCAUAUGUUUGUUGUUUUAUUUAUCUUUGAAAGUGUAACCAGUUGUCCAGUUGUCUGUCGGGCUAUAUAUCUAGGUGUAUCACAAGCCUUUUUUUGUUUCUUUUUUGAAGGCAAAAUGUGUCUUAGUUAAGCUUAAGUCUGGGCUUGUAGAUAGGUGUCAGAUGAAUGGGAAUAAAGUAUCAGUUUUGCAA